CAGCAGGUACCACAUUGUAGGGGUGAGCAAGUACCGAACCGAUACCGAAAUUUCCCGAAAAAACCGAGAAUACCAAACCGAAAAAUACCGAACUGAAAAAGUACCGAGAAGGAACCGAACCGAAUGGUCGGUACGGUAUUCGGGAACGGUACGAGCAACAAGAAUAAGAAAAGAAAACUCCAACUCCAUGGUAGUAUGUUAAGGAAGAAGAAGAAGGAGCAAGAAAACCAUUCAAGUGUCCAAAAUCCUGAACAUAAGACAAUCAGUCCACUUGAACAUCCGGAAGGUAUUGCAAAGAAAGUUCGGCGUUGGAAUGUUGAAGUUAGUGAGUUAAUCGUCGGAAUCAUGUUUAUCGACAUACCCGAAAUUCUGGACAGCAACUUUCUAUUGACUUCAGGUCCGAUUUACGCUAUCUUACAUAUGUUAAAACGAAAUACUUUCUAUACGAAAGUUGUAGCCUUACAUCUUAGAAAUCCACAGAAUCAAACGGUUUGCAAUUUGGUGAAGAAACGAUGGAGAUAUGCCCAAAUUACCGUAGGUUGUCCAGUUGUGACGGAAAUGACAAAGUUGGCAAAUUACGAUGUUGUUUCCACUCCCGCUCAUCCGUAAGGUUUCGGCCUAUGAUUUCCAGGUCUGUAUUUUUGCGUUAGACUUGUCGAAUCAUUCAUCACAUACGUACAUGAACUUAUAUGUUAAUCCAUAUGUUUAAAUCAUCCCAAAUUAUAUAGGUGAUGCAUAUAUAAGUCAUCUAUAUGUUAAGACCAAAAUGCACCAAAUCCAUAAAAUUAAUAUACACAUAAGUAAAUAUAAACUUUGGGAAUCGACCCAAUAAUAUGUAUAUUUCAAUCAGAGGUGUUUAAAAGACUUAAAGAAGUAUUUUGGACACUCAAAAUAUUAAGAGAAAGUUUCGCAGACCCAAACGGUCGAAGCAAACGGUCGACCGUCGUGUUAAACAUCAAAACGGACUACUACUGUCGAUAGAAUGGUCGACCGCCGUAGCCAAACGGUCGACCGCCGAAGCUCAGCCAAAUGCAGCCACACUGAAGCAGUCAACAACGGUCGACUGCCGGUCAACCACGGUCGAUCGUCACGGUGAUCCGCCAAAUCCGACCUUCUGAAGAUCAAGGUCGACCGUCCCGCCAAACGGUCAACCGUUCCGAGCCCCGUAGCUUAAUUAAAUGAUAUUUUUAUCAGAUUUCACCCAAAUAAAAUAAACGUGGUUGUGCGGGACUUAGUAGUCCGACAACCCUGACCGGGCUUAGUGUACGUACAUGGUAUUCAGACUUUCGAGUACCACCUCUAUUUUUCUAGUCUCCCUCGUGAGACUAAGAAGGACAUGAGUUCGUCGUACCAAAUGGGCGAAUCUCAUAGUUGCAAGGUCAUUCCUUGUUGACUUAGAAUCAUACAGCAUGAAGUCAUCAUCAAGUAAAAUAAUCAUGACUAUGUGUAACAUCAAUUACGCAUCAUGUAAUCCUCAUCAAGAACAAUUAUAUUGAUAACAUAGGCGUCAUGUAAUCAUCAUCAAGAACAAUCAAAUUGAUUAAAUUAAAUGUGCCAUAAUCAUGCAAUUAUCAUUAAAUAUUUAUCAUCAUGAUUCAUCAAAUUGACCAUAGGAUAUAAAGUGUCAUAUCAGGAAUAUUGUUAUACAUUUUUGUGGACAUAUAUAUACGUAUAUGUCUAUGAAUUAUUCUACAAUUCUAGCGUGGUACCACUCAGCGGUUUCGCUGAGCGUGUAGUUUGUAUUUUUCGUUGACUACACGUAGGUAACAAGAAGACAAUGAUGGAACCUUUCCCGGAGGGCAUUGAGUCAGAGGAGAUGCAAGGAUGGCAGGCAAUGUUUGGUCAACAGAUUUUAAAAUGUGUCAUGAUUUGAUUAUUAUUGUACUUCCGCAUUACUCUGAAAAUAUUUUUAAAUGGGUCGCGAUCCAGAGUCUGUAAAUUUAAUAUUUUUAAGUAAUUGUCAUAUUUAAAUGUCAAGUGAAAUUUUUAUUUAACUCUCGUUUCACCUUAAUUCGUGUAAUUCCAGGUUAUACGGAUUGAGGUGUUACAAUCCAAAUAGUGGCCUAGCAUUGGGUGUGAACACCCAAGCUUACCAUCAUACAUCAAACAAGUCUUGGAGUACAUCCUUCACAUUUAAAACGGAAGUUUGAAAUUCGGACAUCACUGAUCGCGCUGUGACGGUAGCGAACUAUCAGCUGACAAUAGCAUACUACCAUCUGGAGGCAACAAGCUACCGGCCGGCAGUUACAAGCUACCGACCAGCGGUAGUAGCCUACCAUCCGUCUAUGUUGAACCUAGUUCAAUCGUACCAGUCAAAAUUCCAUAUCUUCCUAGGCUACUUUCACAUAAUUAAUGGUCCAAACACAUACAUAACUUACCUUAAUAUAUUAUAACCAAACCAAUUGAGUAAUUGACGCCUAAUCAUGCAAUACCUACCCAAAUAAUUCACCAACACUUCUCAAAUCUUCUCAAACAACGAAUUUUAUUUCAUAUAAAUCAAUCAAACAAAAUCAUGAACCUGAAUUUCAAACCCUUACAUACAAUCUAGCACUUGAUGUUCACAUA